CGGACGUCUGAAGACCUACCGGUACUACUGUCUUCGCAACCAAUAAAAGUCCUCGUUGACAGUGCGCGCAUUUAGCGUGUGUUUUUUCAAUGUAAUCUCUUUUUUAAGAGAAGGGAAGAUAAGAAAAUGAGUGGAGGAUUCAACUUUGGACAGUCAUCCAAUACUGGAUUCAGCUUUGGAACUCCUAAAACCACAGCGGCACCUGCCCCAGCCACAGGCUUUGGGAUGGCAAGUGCUGCACCAGCGAAUACAGGUGGUGGUUUUUCUUUUGGAACCCCCAAUCCUGCCCAGACCCCAGCAACUGCCCCCCAGAGUUCAGGACUGUUUGCUAUGCCCAUCCAGGGCAGCACAAACCCAACUGGAGGAUUCAGUUUUGGGACUCCUGCGCAGAGCAGUGCCCCUACCGGAGGAGGCUUCUCUUUCGGGACACCUACUGCGAAACUUAACCUGGGCACACCAGCCACCUCUCAACCAGCACAAACAGGGCUAACUAUGGGGAUGGCAACCCCCUCUGGGACAGGCUUCAGUCUUGGUGGGGGUCUAGCCACACAAACCAGUGCUGCCUCUACUGGAGGGGGUUUCAGCUUUGGGAUCACUGGGGGUCUUGGUGGCGCUGUUGCCCAAACUCAGCCCCAGACCCAAUCAGCAGCAACUGCUGGGCUCUCUGUAGGAACUACUACUGCAACCACUCAAAUGAUGGGGGGAGGGUUUAGUUUUGGUGCAGCUAAGGUCCAGGCCACCACAGCAGCAGCACCUACUGUAACUGCAGGGGGCGGCUUCUCAUUUGGUACCAGCACACCUGUCAGCCUCACCAUGGGGACCCAGCCCACAGGUCUGACUUUGAAUUCAACAGCUGCACCAACCACAACCCAGGGUGGAGGAUUCGCUUUUGGUGUUAAACCUUCAGCUACUCUGGCCCCUGCUACAACUGCUCCGGCUGCACAGCCCUCGUUAGGUUCCUCCCUCUUCGCUAUACCGAUAUCAACAGCUGCUCCUGCUACAGUAGCAGCCACAGGCUUUUUGGGCGCAGCCCCGACCUCAGCUCCCCCAGCAGCCACCUCAGCGACAGGAAGUACCCUGGGCUUCAUGCUCAAGCCCCUGGGAGCCGCCGCCACCUCCGCCCCAACAGGCACAGUUGCUUCGACCACUGGUACUACCACAGGGUUUUCACUGAGUAUGAAACCGUCAGGCGCUCCUGGCAUUGGUGCCACAGCCCCCAUCACUGGUGUAGCCACAACUAUUACUGCUGUUACAGGAAGUGCACCUCCAGUGAUGUCAUAUGGCCAAUUAGAGGGUCUUAUCAACAAGUGGAGUCUUGAGCUGGAGGAUCAAGAAAGGCACUUCUUACAGCAGGCUACCCAAGUCAAUGCCUGGGACCGCAUGCUGGUGGAGAACGGAGAGAAGAUCACAUCACUGCACAGGGAGAUGGAGAAGGUGAAACUGGACCAAAGAAGGCUGGACCAGGAGCUGGACUUUAUCUUGUCACAACAGAAGGAGUUGGAAGAUCUUCUGUCCCCACUGGAGGAGUCCGUCAAAGAACAGAGUGGAACAAUCUAUAUGCAGAAUGCAGAUGAGGAACGUGAAAGAACGUACAAGCUUGCAGAGAAUGUGGACGCCCAGCUGAAGAGGAUGUCCCAAGACCUGAAGGAGAUCAUUGAACACCUGAACACAUCCAGUGGACCAGCUGAUACUAGUGACCCGCUUCAGCAGAUCUGUAAAAUUCUCAAUGCUCACAUGGAUUCUCUUCAAUGGAUUGACCAAAACUCAGUGCUUCUACAAAGAAGGGUUGAGGAUGUGUCCAAGCUAUGUGAUAACCGACGUAAAGAGCAGGAGAAGACUUCUCGCAUUACAUUUGAUUGAAUUGUAAAGUCUCAAACGCUAUUGUCAGUGUGCAUUAUGCAGUUUUGUUUUAAUGCAAAUAUAUUUUUCAGUAAUAAAGAUGUGCUUUUAA